AUGACGGAUAAUAUUAAUAAAUUAUCACAAAAUAUUAAUGGAAAUAAACAACAAACAUCUGCCUCUAUUGCUAAUCUAUCUGAUGAGGAUGUAGUUAAAAUUUGGGACGCUGUAUCAACUUAUGUAGAAUCUUAUAUGAAACAAUCAAAAGGUGUUGCUAUUCCUGGUUUCGGUACAUUCAGUUUUAUACAUAAACGUGUUGAUGUUGGAAAUAAUAAAUAUUUACUUAUUCAACGACCUGUUUUUGUUCUAUCAGAAAAAAUCGCUCAAACACAUGGAUUAAAAACAACUCGUUAUCCUGUUAAUGGUUCAAUACCAGUUCAUCCAUUGAAUUUUUUUUUUAUUCAAACACAAUCAAUUUAUACACGUGAUCAAAUUGAUCUAUGUGUUAAACAUGUUUUACAAGUAUUUAAUCGUUCGAUAGCUGCUCAACGUAAUGUAGAAUUUACAUUUACACAUAUUGGAAAAUUACAAAUACAUAAUGGAAAAGUUAAAAUGAGAUUUUUUAAAGAUUUUGUUAGUUCAGUUGAUGAAAAUGGUAAACUUAUUAUUGACAAUAUGUGCAAUAGGCCACAAACAUGUGAUUCAGUUAUGUCCGCACGAGAAGCUACUAGACCACCAACAGCUUCAAAUGUUGUUCUUCCACGACUUAACAGCCGUGUUGGUAACCUAACAAUGCAAGUCAUACAAGAAGAAAAUCAAAAUAGUGAUGAAGAACAAGAAAAUAAUCACAGACAUGAUGAAUUACAACAAGAUUCAACAAUAAGUCGACACGUAAUUAAAACAAUCGGAAGAGAAAAUACACAUGAAGGAAUUAUUCCAAUUGCAUCACUUUUCUCUUCAAUGGAUAUUAUUCGACCAUCAACAGCAGCAUCAAUGAAGAAGAAACCACCACCAUCAGCUCUUACAUCAUUAAGACGAUCAAUAUCAAUGCAUCAACCUGAACCUGAAAAUGAACAGAUUCAAAUAAAUCGACGACCAAGUACUGUAAUGUCUCGUUCAACAAAUGAAAAUAUCCCUUUAUCUGCUUUCAAUCGUCCACCAACAGAUCGUAUAUUAUCAUCACAAUCCGUCUGUGUCGAUUCUCCACAAAUAACAACAUGUGGUCAUUUUGGAAUUGGUCAAGAUAUGUGUCAAUUAUGUCAUCGACGUGCUAAAUUAAAUAUACCAGUUUAUUUACAUGAAGAAAAACGUAUUCGUGAAGCUGAAGAAGAUAAAUUACUUAAUCAUUAUCGAGAUACUAAAGAUAUGGAAGAACAAAGAAAACAAGAUGCAGCAUUAAAAGCGGCACGAGAAGAAAGACAAAAAGUCGCAGCUUUCAAUUUGGGUAUUGCAGAAGCAACAAGAGCUAAAAAAUUAGAUCGUACACAAGAACUUGAAAUACCGCGUUCGAUUAUUUUUCGAAAACGUCUUCGAACACCUCCUACUUAUAUUAAACAACAUGACUUUGCUCGACAAAUUGAAGCACAAAUAAAAACACGACAAGAAGAACGUUAUGCAGAAAAAUCAGACAAAGAUUUUAGUGAACGUUUAGAACAAAUACAAUUAGCAGAAACAUUAGCACAAGAACGUGAAAGUUAUUUAAAAAAUAAACGUCAUCAACAAGGACAAUUGAAGAAUGCUCUUUUUAAUCAAAUACAAAGUAAACCCAUUGAACCAAUGGAUCAACCUGAUAAAACUCUUUUUGGUUUAAAUGAUAUGUCAACUGAAGAAUUACAACAACGUCGUCUUCAUGCAAUAGAUAUAGUUCGUCAAGAAAAAGAACUUAUUGAACAACGACAACGGCAACAAUUACUUAAACAAAUACAUGAACAAGAAUAUGAAUUAAAAGCAUUAGAUAUUAUGAAAGACGAUCUCAUAUCGGAACGUCGUGAACGACAUCGUCGUGAUUUAAAAAUACGUAAAAAUCUUGAAUCAGAUUGGAUAAAUGCUAUGGAUGGUAAACAUAAACGUGAUGAAGAUGAAAGAAUGCAUUUAAAAGCUCCACAAGGUAUUCUUGUACACGAACAAUGUGAUCAAUAUAGACGAUGUGCUCAAUGUCAACGUAAUCUUGAUAAUUAUGGUAAAACAAAUGUAUGGAGUGAUACACGAUAUAUUCCCGGUGCACGUAUUAUGGUUUAA